UGUGGGGUUUUUUUUCGCAGCUACACCCGUUAACGUGUGAAUGCUUAAGUAGCAGCUAGUUAUUUAGUUCACCAGUUAGCAUUUGGAUUUGUUGGACACCAAAGUGACCAAAUCCUGAUUUUGGUUCAGCGGCUGCUGGAAAAUGGGGGCUUGUAUGGCAUUAUGUUCCCUUGCAAGCUGCGCAUCAUGUUUGUGUGGUUCUGCCCCAUGUAUUCUCUGUGGGUGCUGUCCAUCAUCCAACAACUCUACAGUCACGCGGCUGAUCUUCUCCUUCUUCCUGUUACUGGGCACACUCGUGUCUAUAAUUAUGAUACUGCCUGGCAUGGAGACUCAGCUUCGUAAGAUUCCUGGCUUCUGUCAAGGUGGGAGCACUAUACCAGGGCUCGAGAACCAGUUUAACUGUGAUGUGAUUGUGGGCUACAAAUCCGUGUACCGCAUGUGCUUUGCCAUGGCCUGUUUCUUCUUCCUCUUUGCUGCCAUCAUGAUUCGUGUACGGAGCAGUAAAGAUCCUCGGGCUGCUAUUCAGAAUGGAUUCUGGUUCUUCAAGUUCCUAAUCUUGGUGGGGAUCACUGUUGGAGCCUUCUUCAUCCCUGAUGGAACAUUUCAUAAUGUGUGGUUCUACUUUGGUAUUGUGGGUUCCUUCAUGUUUAUCCUGAUCCAGCUGAUCCUGCUGAUCGACUUUGCCCACUCGUGGAAUGAGGUGUGGGUUAGGAACGCCGAAGAGGGCAGCAAAGGCUGGUUUUUCGGUCUCCUGUUUUUUACCAUCCUGCACUAUGUCCUGGCUUUUGCUGCUGUGGUGCUUUUCUAUCUGUACUACACCAAACCUGACAGCUGCACCGAGCACAAAGUCUUCAUCAGCUUGAACCUCAUUUUCUGUGUCAUCAUCUCUGUGGUGUCCAUUCUGCCCAAAGUACAGAAUGCCUCUCCACAAUCUGGUCUGCUCCAGUCAUCCGUCAUCAGUUUGUACACCAUGUACGUCACCUGGUCUGCCAUGACCAACAACCCUAAUCGGGAGUGUAACCCCAGCCUUCUGAGCCUGGUGUCCAAUGUGAGCGUCAGCACUACACAGUCCCCACCAACCAGUGCCCCAGGUAUCGUGCAGUGGUGGGACGCCCAGGGCAUAGUGGGGCUCGUCAUUUUCCUCUUUUGCACUUUUUAUGCCAGUAUUCGCUCAUCCAGUAAUGCUCAGGUGAACAGGCUGAUGCAAACAGAGGAGGGUCAUGGCUCAGAUGUGGAGGGACCGGUGGGAGAGGACGGCCUGCGGCGAGUGGUGGAUAACGAGGAGGAUGGAGUAACCUAUAGUUACUCGUUCUUUCACUUUCACCUCUUCCUGGCCUCUCUCUACAUCAUGAUGACUCUCACCAACUGGUACAAGCCUGACAUUACCACCCAGGCCAUGCAGAGCAGCAUGCCUGCAGUGUGGGUGAAGAUCUGCUCCAGUUGGUUGGGAUUGGCUCUGUACCUUUGGACCCUUCUGGCCCCACUCAUCCUCCCCAACCGAGAUUUCAGCUGAGCCAUCUUUCUUCCAUACGUGGGGAUGUGUGUGCAUGUAUAUGAGAGCUGGAGUGUGCUACUUCUCACCUUAACGUUAUGGAGUAGUAGCAUAACGAGUGUAUUAUAGGAUAAAUGGCUGAAGUAUGUGUUUUUCAUAUCUACCCUUACUUGUUAUUUUCAUAUUGUAGGUGUAUUUCAUGAAGUGUCUUUACUGGUGCAAUUUUACCCUCAUGUCUUUAUAUACUUGCUACUUGCAUUCUUAAAGGGACAACUCAAACACCCUCCUAAGACAAAUGGUGAUGGUGCGGUACUAUUCAACAGUCCAUUUACUUUAGUGAUCCAGCCACGAAUAUGAGUCUGCAUGAUAUUGCUGCUACAAACCUUCUCUACCUAUAGUGAAGACACUCUUUACUGGAGGCUCAUUUUCUCUGUCGGGUUGACUAUUUCACAUUAGUCAAGCACUUUGACCUCAAGCAAUUUCAGUAGGGAUGAGAACAUGUGAUUCAGAACUUGCUGAUGGCCAUGGGGCUGUCAAAAGGGGUUGUUUAUUUGCAGCCCUUACUGGAGCCCCAUGGAGGCAGUGUGUGGGAGAGAUAAGCACACCCUACACUAUUGCAACACUGCUGCAUCACACUUGCGCAGAACUGUAAUAUUAAACGCUAAUCUGUAUUGCUAACAUGGUGAUGAUGGUGGUGCUUUUUCACCCUGUGUUGCAGUCGAUCUUGGAGGGAUAAUCAAAUGUGCAUACAAAAAAUGUGUUGUAUAGUGUCAUGCAAUAACUAGAAUGUCAUAUCAGUGCUGGGUAGGCCAUGUUUAUAGUUGACUGUAAUGGUAUAGUUUUUCAAUUCUAAUGGUUAACUAUGUAAAACUAUGCAUGCACUAAAACAUUUCACAUCUUCUAAAUCCAAGGUUUCAUUGUCAAUGGUGAGUAAACAAGACGUUCUGAUUAUAUUUAAUUGCUGACGCUUGGUACUACAAUGCAUUGAUUUGCUGAGCAAUUGAUGGAUGGUCACUUUUUAUACAUUUCUUUCCUUUUUGCUUUUGAUAUUGUGAAAUGGGUGUGUGGAUGUAUGAUUUUUGUUGAGUGAAACAUUUCUGUUCAAAAUUUCAUGUGCCUUUUUCAUGUCCUUCCUAUUUUAACAUUUUGCACUGUAUGUACACUGUUUUUUGUUCAAGUACAUAUUAGUGGAUGGAAUAUGAUGGCAGUUUGUAGUUUUAAAUAUUGUAGAUUUUGAAUCCUAUUGUCUGGUGAAUGAAGGUUUGUUGUCAUGAAUCGGUGGAGUUUCUUAUGAACUCGAUUUAACUUCAAAGUGGUCUGGGUGUGUUCUUUUGACAAGAGUAUUGUAAACGGUGAACUGGUCACGUUGUAAAGAUUGUAAUUAAUAAAUAAGCAUGUAAAUGCAUCUGGUAUGUUUUGCCCAGAGUAACCAAUUAACACAAGUGUUCUACUGCACACAUGGUAUUGACUGAGAAGCAACCUGCAAGUUUUUCAGUGGUGUCAAAACACAAAGUGCCUUAAUUGAUAACCAGGCUUAACAACGUUCAGACCUGGACCCAGACCUGAAGACACAAGUGCCUUGCUUGACUUAUACCAUCCAAAAGGAGUGAUUAUGGCAUUGCACAUUGUUCAAACAUAGUGAUUUAUUGUAGCUUGAUCUGCAUGUGGCAAUUUUAAAUACUACAAUAAAAACCACUCUACAGCUAA